CCUCCCCCUCCCCUAUUCUCUCAUUAAAGCCAACUGAUUCCCUUCCCCCUAAUCGAAUCAACUCGAUAUGAAAUAAGAGAUGGGGGAAGAAGGUUAAGGAGAGAAGCUGAAGCGCCCCAUCUCCUCCAGCUUCUUGCAUUCCCCCACCGCCGGCCGAUCUUCUCGCAAACCCUCGCCCCGAAUUCGAUCGAAACGGCCCCGAAACACUACGCUUCCCAAAUGCCGAUGCUGCUUGCCGCCGAUUUCUCGUGUGAAUGCAAGAGCUGAUCGGUCGUGUGGGGAUUCCUCCAUCCCGAGUCGGUUUGCUCGCGAUGAGCCGCAGGGUGCGGCGGCGGACCUCCCAAUCCAGAGAUAAGGAGAAGGUCGCCGUGUCGCCGCCCUACGCUGAGGCUCCCGACCACUGCGAGAUCCCGCGGCCCGGCGGCUGCUGCUGCGGCGGCGGCGGCGGCGGUGGAGCGGCGGGCGUGGACUGGACCGCUCUCCCCGACGAUACGGUGGUACAGAUCUUCUCCCGCCUCAAUUACCGCGACCGAGCGAGCCUCGCCUCCACCUGCCGCUCCUGGCGCCGCCUCGGCUCCUCCCCUUCCCUGUGGACGUCGCUCGACCUCCGUGCCCACCGCUGCGACCCCGACAUCGCGGCCGGCCUCGCGGGGCGGUGCGCUCACCUCCGCCGGCUCCGCUUCCACGGAUCCUCCUCUGCCUCUGCACUCAUCUACCUCCAGGCGCGCGGCCUCCGGGAGAUUGCCGGAGACUGCUGCCGCGAGAUCACCGACGCCACCCUCUCCGUGCUUGCCGCGCGCCAUGAGGCCCUCGAGAGCCUUCAGAUCGGCCCGGACCCCUGCAUGAGGAUCACCAGCGAUGCAGUCCGCCAUAUAGCCAUGUGCUGCACGAGGCUGAGGCGGCUGCGCCUCUCUGGUAUACGGGAAGUCCAUGGCGAGGCCAUUAACGCCCUUGCGAAGCACUGUCCGCAAUUGGCGGAGCUUGCGUUCUUGGACUGUGGCUUAAUCGAUGAGGGUGCACUUGAGAAGGUGGUGUCACUGAGAUUCUUGUCGGUGGCUGGCUCGAGGAAUUUGAAGUGGUCUACGGCAUCCCUCUCAUGGAGCAAUCUCCCAAGCUUGGUUGCUAUGGACGUCUCAAGGACGGAUGUGUCUGCUAGUGCUGUCUUGAAACUUCUCUCGACGUCAAAGACUUUGAAGGUACUUUGCGCUCUCAACUGUGCAGUAUUCGAGGAGGAAUGGAGCUAUAAUUCUACAGCAUGCAGAAAAACUAAGGGAAAGCUGCUCCUUGCCCAAUUCUCCAACGUUUUCAGUGGGGUUGCUUCUUUCUUCAAAGGAUAUGGAUAUGUUGUUAGGGAACAGAGUAUUUUUGCAGAAUGGAGAAGCUUACUGAAUGAGGAUAAGAACCUGAGUGAUAUCAUGAGCUGGCUGGAGUGGAUACUCUCACACUCUCUUCUUCGAGUGGCAGAGAGUAAUCCAAAUGGAAUGGAUGGAUUUUGGUUGAGACAAGGGGCUGCUCUUUUGCUGAGCUUAGUCAAAAGUUUUCAGGAGGAUGUACAGGAAAGAGCAGCAACUGGGCUGGCCAUAUUUGUAGUGACUGAUGACGAGAAUGCAACAGUGGAACCAGCAAGAGCAGAAGCGGUUAUGCAAAAUGGUGGAAUCCCCUUGCUUCUGGAACUUGCAAGGUCUUCUCAGGAGGGUGUGCAGUCUGAAGCUGCAAAGGCCAUUGCAAACUUGUCAGUGAAUUCCAAAGUUGCAAAAGCAGUUGCUGAUGAAGGGGGCAUACGUAUCCUAGCUAAUCUCGCAAGGUCCUCAAACAGAGUGGUUGCUGAAGAAGCUGCUGGAGGGCUUUGGAACCUGUCUGUGGGAGAAGAGCACAAGGCAGCCAUUGCUGAUGCUGGUGGGGUAAAAGCUCUGGUGAAUCUUAUCUUCAAAUGGACAUCUGGAGUUGAUGGAGUUCUUGAACGAGCUGCUGGUGCACUUGCAAAUCUGGCUGCUGAUGACAAGUGCAGUGUUGAGAUUACAAUGGCCGGUGGUGUCCGUGCACUUGUUACACUCGCUAGGACAUGCAAGGUUGAGGGAGUGCAAGAACAGGCUGCUCGAGCAUUAGCCAAUUUGGCAGCUCAUGGUGACAGCAAUAGUAAUAAUGCUGCUGUUGGUCAAGAGGAGGGUGCACUUGAGGCACUAGUGCAAUUGACUUUUUCUCAAAAUGAAGGUGUAAGGCAAGAAGCUGCUGGCGCUUUAUGGAACUUAUCAUUUGAUGAUAGAAAUCGAGAAGCUAUCGCUUUAGCUGGUGGAGUUGAAGCCUUGGUAGCUCUUGCACAUGCAUGUGCAAAUGCUUCUCAAGGACUUCAGGAAAGGGCUGCUGGAGCUUUGUGGGGCUUGUCAGUCUCGGAAGCUAAUAGCAUCGCAAUUGGACGAGAAGGUGGUGUUGCACCAUUAAUCGCAUUGGCACGCUCAGAUGCUGAAGAUGUUCAUGAGACUGCCGCUGGGGCUCUCUGGAAUCUUGCUUUUAAUUCUGGUAAUGCUCUCCGAAUAAUUGAAGAAGGGGGGGUUCCAGCUCUUGUACAUCUUUGUUCAUCAUCUGGAUCAAAAAUGGCUCGUUUUAUGGCUGCAUUGGCACUUGCUUACAUGUUUGAUGGAAGAAUGGAUGAAGUUGCACUAGUUGGCUCUUCAUUAGAAGGUCAUUGGAAGAGUGUUAACUUUGAUGGGGCUAGAAGGAUGGCAUCGAAGCAUAUAGAAGCUUUCGUGUUGACCUUUUCAGAUCCACAAGUUUUCUCGAUGUCUGCCUCAUCCUCAGCUCCUGCAGCCUUGGCACAGGUAGCGGAUGCAGCUCGUAUACAAGAAGCAGGUCAUUUGAGAUGCAGUGCUGCUGAGAUUGGGAGAUAUAUUGCCAUGCUACGGAAUCCUUCAUCUGUCCUUCGUGCCUGUGCUGCUUUUGCUCUUCUUCAGUUCACUAUUCCUGGAGGUCGGCAUGCAGCACACCAUGCCAGCCUUUUGCAGAAAGCUGGAGCAGCACGUGUCCUUCGUGCCGCUGCUGCGGCUACCACUGCUCCCAUUGAAGCCAAAAUAUGUGCAAGGAUAGUUCUCAGGAAUCUUGAACACCACCAACUAGAAGCAUCAACAUAAGUCAGACAAACAGGUAGGUUUCAUUGUAUAGGUAGAUCAAAAAGUUCCAACUUGUAUCAGCAUGAAACGAGGCAUGCACAUGAGUUCUAUUUCACUCAAAUGCAGAGUUCUUAAUCAUAAAGCUUUCCUUUCUCCAGGGGAGGGAGAGUUCGGAUUUCCUUCCUUCGCUGGUUCAUAUACUUAACAAUAAGACCCAAAUGGGGCUUGUGUUAAUUAGGCAUUUGUAAGUUUGCAUGGUUUGUCAGCCACAUUAGUGCUUGGGUGUAUUUUUUUGUAAGUUUUUUUGGCAUGUACAAGAGGUGAUAGUGGCUAAAAGAAACUAGUCUCAAGUUUUGCACUUCAUUCAUUUAGACACUAUGUUUGAUGCCUGUUCCAGGCUAAACGAGGCAGAUUAAUAACAAGUGUUUCGGCCUUCUCAUGAAA